AUGGGGCUCACUCUCGUUCUCCUCGUUUUUCUCGCAUCCGCAAACGCCACUCUCCGGACUUGGAACGCAUCAAUUAUUUCCGCUCUGGAAAGCGGAGACCUUCAACUUGCGGAUGUCGAUCUUACCCCCCUUACUUGCAGGUGGACCAACUGCAACGAGGUAUGCCCUCCAGGUUACGUUCCUGUUCCGCGGCAAGGUGGUGCUCCAAACGAGAAGAUGUGGGAUCAUACCCACUGUGGAGGCGUUGGCCAGCAGCUGUUCUGCUGCCCCAGUGAGAUCCAACAACCAACAUGCACUUGGCGCGGGCAUAGGAACACCGGGUACUGCGGGGUUUCUGGCUGUCCUCCCGGUGAGGUUGAGGUUGGCAGCCUGACCGUAGGAUGUAAGGAGUCUCAUCAACGCGCAUGCUGCUUUGGCAGCUUAGGAGUAGCUGCAUACGGUCAAUGCAAAUGGUACGGCACGGCGUCACGUUGUUCUGCGUCUGGGAAACAUGCGGCUUGCGGCAAAGACUUCCCGGACUUCAUCUUCGCAGCAAGCGCUGGAUUUGGCGGAGAACAGACGUGCAGAUCAGGCAAGUCACUCCGUAUUGCCCUUGGCAUUCCUUCCCCGUUCAAGAACUGUGCCUGGUAUAGGAAGGAUACCCAUCUUCUUGGCGAUGACACCUGCGAAACAUCCUGUCCUCCAGGCCACAUCAAGCUUGGUAUGCAGCGAGAUGAUUGCGAAGCCGGAGAGAAAGCGUACUGUUGUGCGGGAGACACGCCGCCGCCGCCGCCUCCACCUCCACCUCCACCUCCACCUCCACCUCCACCUCCUUCUCCCCCUCCUCCCCCUCCUGAAGAGCCGGAAUGGAUUAAGAGAGUUGCCGAUUUUGCGCGGGCAGCCCAAUUCUAUAUACAGCGCCGUGGAAGUAAGGAGUGCCCGCCGAGCAAGUGGCCACCCCUAAAAGAUUGGGAAAGGCCUCCCUCAACGCAUCUUACCGCAAAUCCGGGACUCGAUGAAGUCACUCAGCCUUUUUCCGCCGCAGCAACACUGGGUGAACAGUGCGAGAGCUCCUGGAAGAUGCUUGCUGUAUUCCUGCUACGCAUGCUGCAAACAUACACGCAGACCAGAACAGAAGAGGAGCGCCAAAUGCUCGAUAUCUACGAAAGGGAAAUCGCCCGAGGUCAGCGUGGCAUAUCGUACUCAGACCUCCAUAGUUACCUGGAGCGCCAUCCACUGGCCAACCCUUCUGCUCUCAUAGAGGAAGUGCUCUUCGAUCCGGAAGCUUGGAGCGCGAAGAAGAAGGUCAUGGACCGCUUAGAGACAAAGAUCUGCGUCUUCCCCGGACAGGCAAUGUCAGAAAUCGGGGCGGAUAGCCCAGAUCCCAUGCACUCCGCGAACGGUACAACAACUCAAAAUAGGUCCACCUGGCUUGAACCUAGAUAUAUCGACUCUAGGCAAGAUAUCCCACACAAUUGGCAUGGUUAUUAUCCCACAUUUGGAAUGAUCAUCUCGGGCAUUUUACGAGGCGAGCAUCUCCCAAUUGUCACCGAUUCUUAUCUCCCCCUGACCAAAUUCCUAGGAGAUUUGAGCUUACAUUAUGCUAUGUUCGCUCAUUACACCGGCACUGAGGCGGGCCGACCUUCAGGGCCAAUGAUUGAGUUGGCUUACUGGAUAGGCCCUACGCCUGGACAGUGGGACGAGGAAAUCGAGGAACGUCAUCACCUUGAGUGGUAUCGAGACCGCCGAGAGGAGACGCGUGCUCGAUGGGUAGUACUUCAUCUCCACUUUGAUGAAUCGCCAGCUAAUAUGCAAUACCUCUUCCGUGACGCCACUAUUGGCGGAACCCAGCGCACAAUUGUUGGUAUUUCCGCGAUCUCCAUGUUCCACGCCACUUUCGCGAGAUCUUAUCGACAUAAUUGGUGGGUGGUAGAUGGUAACGAUCGGUGGGCGAACGGAUACAGCACUGGAUACAACCGUCGCUCAGUCCUCAGCUGCCCUGGGACAUCAUCAGACCCACAAGCUCCGCCUCGUUCUCUCAUGUAUGCCGGUGCAAUCAACUGGGUCCCUGAGUCUGGCCACCUGGCAGAAAGAAACUUUGCGGAGCUGCUUACUAACCUCUUCAACAAUGGUCCUCUCCGGGGAAAUAUCUUUUCACGGAUCAUGACCCAGCCAGUCGCUUUCAGAACCCCUAGCGUGGCACCUUUUACCAUUGAGAUUGCACCAGGAGAACCGGUAAGCGGCUUCAAUACCGUGACAUUACCUAAUAGCAUCCACGACAACAUAAGAAACUGCCCGUGGAACUUGCCUUUCCAGCCCGUGCUUCAACCCGACGGAUCCAUGGGGGUCAAUCACAGAAUUCCAAGACCGCCCGAUCGGCCUUGA